CGUAAUUGUCAAAAUUGUGAUAAAAAUCUGAACUUGUUUACUAUUAUUUUGUUUGUAUUUCAAUAAAUAUAUUAUCAUACUUUAAAUUUAAUUCGUAAAAUUAACGUACCUUAAACACUUCUUUCUAAUCCCAGUAAGAAUCGCUAAGUAUAUUUAGCAUAGUUCAUUUGUAUUUUCUUUUCGGACGAAGCUACUACACGUACGUCCCAUGCUUGUAAAUUUUCAAACUAACCUAACCUAAUUAUAGCUGUCAAGGUAAAGUGAGAAGUUUAAAAAUUUAUUUUCACUGAUAUUGUAACGAUAAUGGAAGAAGACGAUGACAUUCCAACUCUAUCAGCGGAAACGUUCGCUGCUUUACAAGAGUUCUAUGCGGAACAAGACAAACGACAAGAAAUUUUAAACAAAUUGGAAGCUGAUAAAAAGUUGAAUGAAAAUAUUAUCUUUGAAGAGAAUUGGCAAUUGAGUCAGUUUUGGUACAAUGAAGCAACUAUUCAAGCUCUAGUCAAAGUUAUAGAGAAGUCGGUUCCAAAAGGCGGAAAAGUGGCGCUUAUAUCCUGCCCUACUCUAUUUGUUCCAGCAAAACGACAUAUCGGAGACACAAUCACGAUAUCCUUAUUGGAAUACGACAGAAGAUUUGAAGUUCAUGCACCAGACUACAUAUUUUACGAUUACAACACACCUGAUAAGCUACCACCAGACUUGGAGCACUCCUAUGAUCUUGUAGUAGCUGACCCCCCAUUUUUAUCUGAAGAAUGUAUAACAAAGACUUCAGAAACUAUUAAAUUAUUAGCCAAGGACAAAAUUGUAGUAUGCACAGGAGCUAUUAUGCAGGAGCAUGUAGAGAAACUGUUAAAUCUGAAGCUUUGUCAGUUCCAGCCUGAACAUAGGAACAAUUUAGCAAAUGAAUUUUCUUGUUACGCCAAUUUCAAUUUGGAUGAUGUUUUAAGAUAAUGUAUCUAUGUGUAUAUGUAUUUUAAGCUAUGUUAACCUAAUUUAAUUAGGUUUAAAUACUUUUUUUUUGUAAUAAACCAGUUAUAUUUUUC